AACCCCAAUCCUCCUCUACAACGGCGUCAUCUUUCAAUACCAAAUAAAAAGCUUGAAGAGUGCGUUAACGAACAAACCUUCCUCGAAACGAUCAGAUACAAGGAAUUGCAUCAUACUCAGAACAUAUCGAACAACGCGAAAGCGCCGACCACACUACCAUUGGCUACCUUUGCGAAACAGCCCUUGACGCGAUAACGGACGGUGACCGAAGCAUUGGAAGUUGAAACACGUUCAUCUGAGUAGAUUAUUGAAUCUCUUAUAUUUGCUAUUGCUAUUGUACAACCAUACGACUGAGGACGCUGCUUAGCGAUUCGGCUGCAGCCAAAGCCAAGCCGCGACGAUGGCGGACAAGGACAAGGUCUACAAGUACCGUCAGGAGAUUAGUCAGAUGAUGUACGUCUCUGGCGAAACCGGCGAGCCUUCUGUCGAGACUACAAGUAUUAUAGAAGAUAUUGUUAGACAGCAGGUUAUUGAAUUGCUCAAGAACUGUACAGAGUUGGCCUCAAGACGAGGCUCCAAAUCAAUCAGCACAAACGACCUCAUCUUUCAGAUUCGUCAGGACUCUGCCAAAGUAUCACGACUACGAACCUUUCUGUCCUGGAAAGAUGUCCGCAAGAAUAUCAAGGACUCUGAUGACAAAGGCGCAGACGGUGAUAUCGCUGCCGGUGAUGACCCAGCAGUUGGCCCCGUUGAUGAAGCCGCCAAGAAGAACAAGAAAGCAAAAGUUGGAUUACCCUGGGAGCCGUCGUCGUUUUACAGUGUAGAAGUACCUGAGCGUGACGAUGAAGAAGACGAAGAGGAGGAAGAGAUGAACUACAUCACGUUGCAGCGACUCCGCAAGGCUGAUGAGCGUACAAAAGUGAUGACCAAAGAGGAAUACGUCACCUGGUCUGAAUACCGCCAAGCAUCGUUUACAUGGCGCAAAGGCAAGCGUUUCCGCGAAUGGGCUGGCUUCGGAAUCGUCACGGAUAGCAAACCGUCUGACGAUAUAGUCGAUAUUCUUGGUUUCCUGACCUUUGAAAUGGUUCAGACCCUUACCGAGACGGCUCUCAAGGCCAAGGAGCAGGAGGACAUGGCCCGCGCCCAAAACGGAGGUGAUAAUGCCGCUGGCACGAAGAAGCGCAAGCAUCAGCAGGGCCUGUUUGAUCCCCCUAGUGAAGGAAGAACACCCAUUGAGCCGCGCCAUGUGCAAGAAGCCUUUCGUCGCUUUCAGCAACGGCCAAACAAGUCACGAGCAAUGCUCAAUGGCACUCGACUUGCUCAGAAGACGCCCCUCAACAUCAUUUGAGCGGGUGGCUGAAACCAAUCGGCGAGUGUACGGUCGUUAUGAGUUUGAGAUGAAGGAGUUGCUAGGCAAAGGCGUUUCUAUUACUGGGUUUUAAGGUCACUGGAGUCAUGUACAUUCUCUGUCUUGGUUGUGAUUAUAUUAAAUGAUUAUUUUGUGCCCAUUGCUAGCGAUUAUAUACUGUAUGUGCUGGGGGUAUCAUUAACAAUGUCGUCCUCCUCUAGCGCCGUGUGUCACUGGUGGUAAAUGCACGCUUCCUAGCCACAGCAUUCUCACGGCGAAGUCUUGUGCCUAUUCGUUGUAAGCUUAGGGGUAUAUCCUCCAUGUUCUCGUCGUUGCCACUAGUAUCAUCGUCGUUUCCAUCUUGUGUUUCUCGUUGCAAAACCUGCAAAGCCGUACUCCUGCUUCGGUCACCAAUCGUUGCUGCACGUCUUCGGUGAGUGGUCGAUGCGGACGGUUGUUGGGUUGUUUGGCCGUGGGUACCAAGCUCUAUAUCGCCAUUUCCAUUAUCGAUCUCCUGGUCGUCUGCGUCCCAACUUUGUGCGCCGCUGGCAUGUUCGGCUUCGACGCGGCGCAUGUACUCUUUGUAUGUCGGUGUUUCGAGCAAUCCGCUUUGGAAAGCGUUUACUCCAACGAGAAGUUUGACCAAGUCAAUCAACUCUUCCAAAUAUUCGAUGAUUUCCAUUUGACCCGAACUAGCAGCGUUCCAGGCCAAGAACUUGCGCUGAGUCAGGACCGUUGCUGUUGAUUCGUUGAGUUCUCGCCCAGGCUUGAAGUGUCGCCGGAAUAAUACGGUUGGACCUCGAGCCCUUUCAGAGCCGAGAAUUUCUCGGACGCGGUUAACAAGACGCAGCUGGGCCAGUCUAGCUGACGGUAGGAACUGCGGUAGUGGUAGCCAGGCUGUCAGAGCCUCGCUUAUAGAGAAUAGAAUAAGGGUACAACUGCCUGCAACAUUCCGUCUAUGUGUAUGGACUUUGGAAUUCAAGUCCUCCAGAAUGGAUGAACCAUAUGCUCUUCUGAGUUGUACCACAUUAACCAUGCGGUCAAUGAUCUGAUGGAGCACAUAUAUGAUCUCGGCGUAAAUAGGCGCCAAAGGUUUAAAACUGCCUUUUAGUCUUGGCUCCGCCAAGCAGAAAGGCAAAUAGGUCUCUGCAUCGUUCAGAGAUGCUUGAGCCUUGUUCCGAGCCCUGUUGAAGCGAGAAUGCAUCACCUUCGACCGAAAAUCGGGUCUUUCGGGGUGGUCAA